GGGGGGGAAAGCGGAGAGCUGAUGUCUAAGGGAGUCACUCGGAGGAGGCAAAGCAGGCAGGCUCUCAACUUCUCCGCGCUGCUGCUCAGCGCGAAGCGGGAUCGCUGGAAACCGGCCGCCGGGUUUUACAAAACCGGACCCUUCCCAUGGCAAGGCUGCGGCCGGGGAUUUGACUCCGCUCACUUGAAGCCACGACCUCCACCCGCCGCUCCGCCGCGCUCAGCGAUGUAUUAUUCCCUGCUCUCCGCCUGCACUUGCCUAUGUUUACAUUUCCUCCUGCUGUGCAUCCAGGUACAGAUGUUUGUCGCUGAAGAAAAUGUGGAUUUUCGGAUACACGUGGAAAAUCAAACACGAGCCCGAGACGAUGUAAGCAGGAAGCAGCUCAGACUCUAUCAGCUGUACAGUAGAACAAGUGGGAAACAUAUCCAAGUGCUAGGUAGACGGAUCAGUGCCAAAGGAGAAGAUGGAGACAAAUAUGCCCAGCUUCUAGUGGAAACAGACACAUUUGGCAGUCAAGUCCGGAUCAAAGGGAAAGAGACAGACUUUUACCUUUGCAUGAACAGGAAAGGCAAGCUAGUAGGGAAGCCGGAUGGCACCAGCAAAGAAUGUGUCUUCAUUGAGAAAGUCCUAGAGAACAACUACACAGCACUGAUGUCGGCAAAGUACUCGGGCUGGUAUGUCGGCUUCACCAAAAAGGGGAGGCCCCGGAAAGGACCCAAGACACGGGAGAACCAGCAAGAUGUUCAUUUUAUGAAAAGAUACCCAAAGGGUCAAGUGGAGUUCCAGAAACCUUUCAAGUAUACCACCGUGACCAAGCGGACUAGGAGAAUACGACCCACCAAUCCCAGUUAAAAGACAAAGACAGUGUCAUGCGAAUAAACUACAGAAGAUAGACUGUACCAGAGAAAUAUUUUUACACUAAAAAUAAGGGAGAAGCUCUAUUUUUGUACAUUGUGUUUAAUUUUUUUUAAAAGACUGGAUUGAAAAAAAACCCGUUGGGGAAGCUGUAAAAGAUUUAUUGUAACUUGAAGAAAAACAAAAAUGAAUGGCUCUAUUUAAAUUGACUAUUUUUUCCUUUGUUUUUUCUUCGUCUGUGGAUUGACAUACAGGUGCUUAUUUCUCUUUUGGAACGGACAACUUUUCCAAACCAAUCCCUAGAGGGGAACAAGUUCAUCUUAAAAUAAAAAUAAGAAUAAAACCCAAAACCACAAACCAAAGAAAACCAAAGUUCAUCUUUCCCCAAAGUCCCUGAAACUCCUUGGAUAAUUCUCUGGUGUUGCAGCGAUCUGCUUUAUUGUCUGCUGCAAGCUUGACCGAGACAAGAUGGUCUUCAGAUCAGUCAUUGAGCUUCCGUGGAGGGCUCAGUACCUCAGUCCUUUGUAACCCUUUCCGACGACAUAAGGUGUCACGUCUCUGUGAUCCUGCAUUGUUAUGCUCACUUCUGGAGAAUGCUGCUAACGACCUUCAAGUGACUAAGUAAAAUUACCUAAUACGCCAAUGAUAAGGGAAUAUUUUAAAACCAGCUCUAUUAUAUAUAUAAAUAUAUUAUAUAUAUAUAAGCUAUUUAUUUCACCUCUCUGUGUAUUGCAGUUCCAUGAACCAAGUAUUACUGCCUCAACAAUUAAAAAAAGAAUUAUUUAAAACACAUACAUGUAUUACUGCUGUUCACACAUUUCCCCUCUCCCCCAGCUUUUCACUGAACUACACUGAGACCCUAAAACUUGCUGCCUGGGGUUGAGGUCAUUGAGGAUUUAGAUUUCUGUACUAGAGUUCAGAAUUUAUUAUCAGACAUGCCAUGAGCUUAAUUGCUCUUUUUUUCCCUGGAUCACAGAAUGAAUUUGUUAUUCUGUAAUAUUGACUUCCUGCAAAA